UCGAAACAUACAUCAUCGUCGACAAGAAGUGGAAAAUCUCAAGUCUAAAUUAAAGUUAUCCUCCAUCUAUUUGUUUUGAGAUAGCGUCUGUACUUCCGCAAUCGAUGAAAUUAUCUGUGAAUCGGUGAUCGAAGAUAUUACAGAGAUUCUGAGUACUAUUGUGAUUUUUGCUGAUAGAAGGGGAGGUAUGAAGGAACUAAUUAUUCAUAAUUAUUAUCAUCAACUAUUCUUGUUCUUCUUUGUUAUUCAUUUUAUAGGAGGAGAUCAUGAAUUAGUGGUAAUGGGUCAAAAUACAAAACAAGUAGUAGUUGAGGAGUUUAAAGUUGGUGUGGUUCUUGAUCUGAACAUGUCUGUGUCAAAGGUGUGGUUGACUUCCAUGAACAUGGCUCUCUCCGACUUUUAUGCAACUACUCCUCGUAAGAGAAGGUUGGUUCUCCAUGUAAGGGAUUCUAACAGAGAUGUUCUCGAUGCUUCCUCUGCAACUAUAGAUUUGAUAAAAAAUGUUGAAGUCCAAGCGAUCAUAGGUCCCAUGUCAUCAGCACAAGCUAUUCAUAUGGUUCUUCUUGGAAGCCGAUCUCAAGUUCCGAUUAUUUCUUUCAGUGCAACAAGUCCUUCUAUUUCUCUUUCUCAAAAUCCUUAUUUCAUUCGUACAUCACUAGAAGAUUCAUCUCAAGUAAAUGCCAUUGCUGCCAUUGUGAAGGCUUUUGGAUGGAGAACAGUUGUACCUCUUUAUGAAGACACCGAAUAUGGACAUGGUAUUGUUCCAUAUUUAGUUGAUGCGCUUCAAAAUAUCAAUACUAGAGUUCCUUAUAGGAGUGUAUUCCCCAAUUCAGCUUCCGACGAUCGAAUUGUCCAAGAACUUCACAAUUUAAGAACAAUGCAAACAAGGGUAUUCAUUGUGCACAUGGUCUCACCACUAGGAUUACGUAUUUUCGAGAAAGCUAAACAAAUUGGUAUGAUGAGCGAAGGGUACUCUUGGAUUGUUACGGAAGGCUUAGGCUCUCAUUUGAGUUCGUUCAAUUCUUCGGUUAUUGAUUCAAUGCAAGGAGUAGUAGCUGUAAGGCCAUAUAUUGCUAUGUCCAAAGAGCUUAGCUCAUUUGGGGUGAAAUGGAAAAGAAAGUUUCAGAAAGAGAACCCAGAUGUUGAAAGGAAUUUGGAUAUUUUAGGUAUAUGGGCAUAUGAUACAGUUUGGGCACUGGCAAGAGCAGUUGAGAAACUUAAAAGCGCCAAUGUUCGAUUCAGUAAGGGAACCACAGCCUCUUUAAACUCAAGCGAUGUUGCAAAACUAGGUGUUUCUCAAAUAGGUCCUGAACUUUUGCAAGGAAUUUCCAAUAUGAAAUUUAAAGGCCUAAGUGGGGACUUUCAUCUCGUCGAUAGACAACUGCAAUCCAAAACCUUUCAAAUACUCAAUGUCGUUGGAACUGGGGCAAGAGAAGUUGGAAUUUGGACACAUUCAAAUGGAAUCAUAAAGGAUAUAAGCUUAGUUGAGACUGCCAAAAGCACAUACUUGACAUCAAACAAAGACAACUUACGCCCUAUCAUAUGGCCUGGAGAUACUACGAACAUUCCUAAAGGUUGGGAAAUUCCAACAAAUCAUAAAAAGUUAAGAAUUGGAGUUCCGGUAAAAAAGGGUUUCAAUGAAUUUGUGAAGGUAGAAAAAAAUUCUGACAGUUAUUCGGGAUAUAAAGUCACUGGUUAUUGCAUAGAUGUGUUUGAUGCUGCAUUAGAUAAGUUGCGAUAUGCUGUUCUCUAUGAUCUCAUUCCUUUUCAGAAUAACGAUGGCAAAGCUGGAAGUUACGAUGAUCUUGUGUACCAAGUGACUGUUCAGAAAUUUGAUGCCGUUGUUGGAGAUGUUACUAUCACAGCCAAUCGAUCAGAGAUCGUGGAUUUUACGUUACCCUAUGCCGAAGGAGGGGUAUCAAUGGUUGUGCGGGUGAAAAAAGAUAUGAGCAAGGAUACUUGGAUAUUCCUCAAGCCGUUGGAGUGGAAGCUCUGGGUAACAACUGGGGCUUUCUUUUUAAUCAUUGGCGUUGUAAUUUGGAUUCUCGAACACAGAGUGAACAGGGAGUUCAGAGGAGGGCCUCAUCCUUUGUAUCAGUGGGGCACCAUGCUUUCUUUCUCCUUCUCGACGCUUGUCUUCGCUCAGAAGGAGAGAGUGCUAAGCACUUUGGGCAGAUUUGUAAUUGGAAUUUGGUUUUUUGUUGUGCUAAUUCUCACACAAAGUUAUACAGCAAAUUUAACAUCCAUGUUAACAGUUCAACGAUCCGAUCCAACCUACAGUAAUAUUAAUGAACUGAUCAAAUAUGGGUACAAUGUGGGUUAUCAGGAAGGUUCGUUUGUGUUUGGAAUGUUAAAGCAGAAGGGUUUUGCUGAGUCCAAUCUGAAAAUCUACAGGUCUCCUGAAGAAUUUGAUGAAGCCUUCUCGAAAGGAACAAUUAAAGGUGGUAUUGAUGCUGCUUUCGAGGAGCUCCCAUACAUUGAACUCCUCCUUGCAACAUACUGUGAUAAAUACAUGAUGGUUGGAGAAAUCCAUCAAAAUGAUGGACUUGGUUUUGUUUUCCCAAAAGGUUCUCCCUUAGCUCCUGAUAUCUCAAGAAAAAUCUUGAGCAUAAGAGAAGAAGGUAAAACGCAAAAGCUUAAACAAGCUUCGUUCAAGAGCAAAAUAUCAUGUUCUAACAAGGACGCCUUCGCUUCAUCAAAUAGUCUUACUCUUAGUAGUUUUUGGGUCCUUUUCCUCAUUACAGGACUUUGUGCAGCAUUUUCUAUAAUUGUGUUCUUAAUUGUUUUCUUACGCGAAAACAGAGAUAUCUUGAAUGAUUCAAAUUCUACAAUUAGGGAUAAAAUCAUCGAUUUGCUUAAAAAGUUCUACGAAUAUGACGAGAAUCGCAUGAUCACAUAUUUCGAAUGCAAUCCUGCAUGCAACGAGCAAAAUAAAGUCAUCGUCAAUGGAGAUCAGCAUGCAGCAGAAACUGUAGAUACUGGAGAUUCACCUCCAAGGAUUGACAAUUCUCCAUCAAUAGCAAGUUUCGGAAUUGUUACCCCGCAGAAUGGCAACUUCAAUACAGCUAGAAGAAACUCUACAACAUUAAACGCUGACUAUGAUAUUGGAUAUUUUACAGCAACAUCAGAAAGUGAUACAGAUUUUGAAAAUUCUACACCACGAGAUAGUGAUUCUGUGUCAGACGUUAGAACCUCAGCUUUACAACAUUUAAUGACACAUGACGUUGAUUUACAAGGUCAUAGGGAAUUUGAGGAACAAUAAUUAAAAACUAGAUUUUAUAGCUAUCAGUAUAUCUCUUUUUUUUUUUUGAUGGAAAGCUAUCAGUAUAUCAUGAAAUUUAAUUUUAAUUCUUUGAAUUGUUUAUGUUGAUCAUGCUUGUUAACUUAUUAAUUUUAGAUAUACAAUAUAAUAUUUUACAUUAUUCAUACAAA